CCCAGGCAAUGGAAACGACUCUGAAACAAAUAAAUUCCAAAAGAAAUAUUUUGUCUCGCAUACCAGUUUCUAGGAUCCUAUAUAGAUAUUUGCCGCCUCUAUCCAAGACGCCCAUCCACAUUGCUCACCUGUCUUUCUUCUCCUCCUUCCUUUUGGCUUGUGUUACCUCAUUUCUAGCUUCUCUUCUCUCCCCACCUUUGAAAGUUCGGAACAAUGGCGUCAAAUUGAAAUCCCAAACCCAAGUCUGAAAUUCUCAAACCCGUACAAAAAAAAUGGCAUCUUUACAGCAACUGCUCGCCGAAGAAGGAUUCAAGCGCAGCAGCAGCAGCAGGAAGCAAAAACAGGGGAGCUUCAGAAAGACGGUCGAUGACCCUGUCUUCAACUUCAAGUCUCCAAUCUACAUUUGCCAUGUCGAGAAAUCCGUCAAACCCAAAAGAACCAGCGAAAAUAUCUCGUCAAGAACGAGAAAGGCAAGCAUUGACAGCACCGGCGGUGGAGAGCCGGCGAUGGAUCAAAUCGCCGUCAAGGCAAUCGUCUCUAUACUCAGCGGCUACAUUGGAAGGUACACCAAGGACGCGGCUUUCCGGCAAAGAGUCCGGGAGAAAUGCAAUUCCUGCCUCGUCGGAAAAUCCAAUGACCCGAUCCUGACGAACAUGGAGCUCGCCGUCCAAAACGUCGACGAAUUGGUCCAGAACAGAGCAAUGGUAAAGAAGAAGGAACUGCUAAGCAAUUCCAUCCAGCUCCUGACGAUCGUCUCCUCGUUGAACUCCGAAAAACUCAGGAAACAAUCGACGGCUGGGAUCCCGAACUCGCAUCUCUCUUCCUGCGCCCAAUUGUACCUCUCCAUUGUUUACAAGCUUGAGAAGAACGACAGGAUGUCUGCAAUUCACUUGCUUCAGUCAUUCUGCGACGCUCCUCUGCUUGCCAGGACCCAUUUGCUUCCCGAUCUCUGGGAUCAUUUCUUUCUCCCCCAUCUCCUCCAUUUGAGAGUGUGGUAUCACGAGGAGCUCCAAUCAGUCUCCAGUUCACAGAGCUCUGAGAAAUGUCUGAAAUCGUUGUGUAGAGUUUAUAACCAUUCUAUGGAUUUCGGGACGCGUCAGUUUGCUCUGUAUUAUAAAGAUUGGCUCAAAAUUGGGGUGAAGUCGCCUUCGGUUCCUGAUGUUCCUCUGCCGGCAUCGAAACCCAGAAGGCGAAGUUCCAUGGAUUCUUCCGAUUCUCAGCUCUCUAUCAAUCGUAGCUUAUUUGAGUACGUAUUUGGCCGAACGCCUCCCCACCAAUUGAAGGGCGAGGAGAAGGAAGUAUCGCCGGCUGCUGACAGUGACGAGGACGGCAAGUUCAUUGUGAGCAAGACAAAAUCGGGCUCGGGAUUAAGAACUACCCAAGAUUACAGUAGCUCGAUGAUUGCGUUGUCAGCGAGUGAUGGCCUGCAAAAACUAGAAUCCUCGAAGUUCUUCUCCUGCAGAAGCAUGAUAGCAGAGUGUGUGGUGGCGGCGGCGGAUGCAAAUUUAGCUCUGAAGAACAAUCUUUCUUCCCGCAGAAAUUCUCUAGACGAUUCGCAUCUCCGUUCAAGCCCACUGAGAAGACCGAUCGUUGAAAUAUGCACAUCCGACGUACUGAGCGAUUGCGAGGCGGCAAUCCACGAAAUCGCAAGGACGUGGUUGAAUUCCGGCGGCGACCCAGUAAUCGUCGACGCUCUGUCCAAGCAACCAGUGAUCGAAUCGAUGAUCGAGAUCCUCUACGCAUCGCAAGACGACGAAGUUCUCGAGCUGGUCAUCUCCCUGCUAGCCGAGCUAGCCUCCAGAAAGGAUCGAAACAGGGUGACGAUUCUGAACUACGACCCGCAGCUCGAGAUCUUCAUCAAGCUGCUGAAAAGCAGCAGUCUUUUUCUCAAGGCGGCGACUCUGCUGUACCAGCUGAAACCCCUGGCGAAGCAAAUGAUUUCCACGGAAUGGGUUGCUCUGGCGCUCAGAGUUUUGGAGUUCGGCGAUCAAUUGCAGGUGCUUUUCACCGUCUUGUGUUAUCCACACGAGGCGGCGCUGUACUUCUUGGAACAGCUGAUGAGGGGCUUCGACGAAGACAAGAACUUGGAGAACUCUAGCGAAGUUGUGUCGCUUGGCGGGUUGAGCUUGCUGGUUCGAAGAUUCGAGAUCGGCGGUGUUAAGGAGAGGGAAGGGAUUGCGAUGCUGAUGUAUAGCUGCGUGAAAGCCGUUGGGAGUUGUAGGGAUUACUUAGCUGAGAAUUUGAGUAAAAUUUUUCUUCUUCAGCUGAUUGCUCUUGGGGUUAGGAAGCAACAGGGGAACAGAGGAUUUGCGUUUGGGUUGUUGACAGAGUUGCUCUGCCUCAGCAGAAGAAGUGAGAUCAUUAGGCUAUUGAUUCAAAUCAAUCAUGGGUUUGAUGAUGGGUUGAACGCAAUGCACAUCUUUCUCAGCUAUCUACAGCGAGCUUCUGCAGUGGAUCGACCAUUGGUUGCUGCAGUACUUUUGCAGCUUGAUCUUCUGGAGGGAGAUCCUAUGAAGCACAGUGUUUACAGAGAAGAAGCAAUUGAAGCACUGAUAGAAUGUCUGGAUUGCGAGAGAUGUGAUUCCGAGGCACAAGAACAAACGGCAAGAGCUCUGUUGAUGAUGGGAGGGAGCUUCUCUCACGACGGAGAGUCCACGACAACAUCGACGGAGGAAUGGCUGUUUCGAGGGAGAUUGGACGAUUCCAUUCAUGGUAGUGACUUGAACGAGGAAGAGGAAGCAACGAUCGAAUGGCAGAGGAAACUGGUAACAGUGCUGCUAAACAGUGGAGGGCAGACAUUCUUGAUGGCGCUCUCGGGCGCGAUAGCGAAUGGAGUUCCCAAACUAGCACGAACCAGCCUGUUCACUGUAUCUUGGAUGAACCAAAUGUUGCAUUCAUUCGGCGACCGAAAGUUGAUACCUCUAGCACACUCCAUACUACUGUCACAACACACGGACGAACAAUCUCCUUCGUCGCUGCAGAACCUCGUUCGCAAUCAAGAAUGUGUGUCGAUGCUUUGGACACUGGACAAGCAGUUGCUGGACCCUCUAAGGACGCUCGCUGUCGGCCAAGGCACAUGGGGAAGGGAAGGAGGUCUCAUUCUUGGCCACGGCGGCCACUAUAAACUUGGCCUUGUCGCCUGUCGGUUAACUCGGUCAGUCAGGCGCAGUCCCACUCACUGUGAAUUAUUGUUCGCCAUCGUCGUCGUCGCUUCCAGCUCGACGAAUCUUAUUCUUGUGAUGGAAGAGGAUGAUGAUAUCCAGUGCUUGGACAAAUAUGCCAAAGUUUUGGAUAAUGGGUAAAGGGAAAGCCUCUUCUUCCUCUACCGCCGAAGACAACGCUACUGUCAAAUCUUACUCCAGUUCUUCACAAAGCUAGAAACCGUGGCAAUAAGGUUUGAUUGGUGGGUAUGGGAUCAACCUGAUGAAGAAAUCCUUCCAUCCAUCGAGCUUGUUCUUGUUGGAUUUGGCAAUCGACCGAUUCGGUUGGAUCUGUGCACCGUGGACAACGACAACGUCUUUUGUAGCGCGAUGAAGUGGCGACGGGGCAAGGCGAUUGCGGAAUCCAGACACGUCCCCGAUCCGUUGUAGUGCUUCCUCGCCAGGUGGAACUCUAUCAUCCGCUGCAUUUUCGUCGUAGUAGCAAACCACGAAGUGGACGCAAUGGAAAUCCCCACCGCCGCCGCCGACGAGGAUCCAUUUUUCUAGACCACCAAACCCUUGGUCCUCUGCUUCGCCACUACCAAACUCUCCAUUUCGGUUUCCCAUCAAUUCUUACCCAAUUGAUCUCGCGGAACUGCGGAAGCAUAAAAAGACGAGAAGUGGGCGAGACGAUGCAUGAAAUGGUGAUCCCUGCGGGAUUUUCUGGUGGGCUGUUUAGUCGGCGUUUGGGUAGCUGGAAAAGGGAGAAGAAGAGGAAGAAGCGGCGGUGGUAGGAUAUAUGAGGGGUAAAAUAAUGAUUUUUUUUAUUUUUAGUAAUUGUAAUGAGCUGG